AUGGCCAAUCUCUACCUGAUGCAAGCCUUGUACGCCCCGAAGCCGCCUCGGUCUACCCCUAGUCCUGGUGUUUCUGCGCUCGACGACGGCGUGCAGCGACGACAAGGGCAGUCUGCAACGCCCGAGCAAGCCAUACGUGGUGAACGCCUCAGAAUGAUGGAAAUCGAAGAACCACCUGAACCCGACUCGGAGGCCGUGGCGCGCUGUAAACCGACUGGUGCCAAUGUACAGCCAGUCGGCAUCAAGAGCGAGUUCUCGAGCUCCGACGCUGCGGACAGGUUCUUGGAAUCGCUCCCGUCUUUUCCUGGCAACAUUGCUGUUACGCCUUCUUUGCCCUCGUCGAUGACACUCCUUGCUGGCCUUACGUAUCCAAUUGAGCGAUACCUACCAUCAGCGGGACCAUACUACGACCAGAACGCUCUACUACCUGUCUUUGGCUCAAUCUUCUUCAAAUACAAACCCUGCAUGAUCUGUUGGACCUGCCAUACCGCCGCAGGCUAUUCAAACAUGUCUUGCGGGAAGAUAUGCAAGGUCUGCAGAACCCGCCGCCACCCUGACGAGAGACCGUUCGAGAUCGACAAAUCCGUCCCGACAAACAAGAGCUCGCUGUCCUCUGUCAUACUAGCAGAUCUAUUAUGGUGCAUGUAUCAUCAAUGUCUGGUAGUGCAGGAGUAG